AUGGGUGACAAUAACCCUAUGGCUUUGAGAGAUCACUAUCUCCCUACCACAUACACUUCUCCAACAUGUCUCAGGCUGCUGGAUGUUAUGGCAACCCACUAUGAGAUUAAGCCUAGCACUAUACAAAGUUUACCAUCUUUUCUAGGACUUAGUACUGAAAAUCCUUACGAGUUUCUUAGUGAAUUCCUAGCAAUCUGUUCUACCAUUAAAUUGAACGGGUUCACCGAGGACGCUCUAAGGAUGCGUCUCUUUCCCUUCUCACUCAAGGAAAGAGCCAAACAUUGGUUUCAUUUCUUAGCACUAAACUCCGUUACUUCUUGGGCUCAAUUACAACAAGAAUUUCUGACGAAGGUGGAAAAUCAUCCCAACUUCUCAUGGAAGGCUCAAGCUACAAGUAACUCAGUCCCAAGGGUGUACAAUCAAUCUCAAUCUACCAGGCAGUCCUAUCAACCUUCUUCCACAUACAAACCUGCACAGCAGCGGUCUCAAGCUACACCAUCUCCUCGGUUGGAUUCUAAUUUUCAAGAUCAGAUGUUACAAUUUAUGAGCAAUAUGGAACAGACAAUGACCUCUCUCGCUCAGACAAUGACCUCUCUCAAUCAGACAAUGAACUCUCACUCCCAAGCCAUUGCCAAGUUAGAGGUGGAGAUGAGACAAAUGGCUAAUACAAUCAACAAGAGGGAAGAGGGGACACUUCCAAGUCAGCCGGUUGCCAACCCGAAGGGACACUACAUGGUAGAAGGUGGUACUUCACAUCACCAACAAGUGUUGGCUAUCACCACAUUGCAAAGUGGAAGAAGGGUCGGCAAUCAUGUGCAAGAAAAUGACUAUAAGCAACUAGCCACCCCACAGAAUCUACAGAAGAAAAAGAGUAAGCAAGAAAAAACUAAGGCUUCUUCUUCAUUUGCUCCCACUCCUGAGAUGCCAUAUGAGCCCCAAGCCCCAUUCUCAGAACGUCUCAAGGUGCCUUCUCACUUUGGGAAAGAAGGAGAGAAAAUACAAGAUAUGAUGGAGGUUUUCAAACAGGUAAAAAUCAACCUCCCACUCCUUGAUGCCAUUAAGCAAGUGCCUGCUUAUGCCAAAUUCCUCAAAGAUAUGUGUACUCAAAAGCGACGAACAAGGGCCAACACUCCAAAUAAGGUGUUUCUCACUGAGCAGGUCAGUUCUAUCCUUCAGCACAGUCUCCCUCCAAAGUUCAAAGACCCUCGUGCUCCCAUCAUCUCCUGUAUUAUUGGAGACCACAAGAUUGAUAAAGCCCUCUUUGAUUUGGGGGCUGAAGUGAAUCUAUUGCCGUACUCGGUCUAUUUACAACUGGGUUUGGGGGAAUUAAAGCCCACACCAAUUAUCUUGCAAUUGGCUGAUCGAUCCAUCAAGAAACUGCGGGGAAUCAUCGAGGAUGUUAUUAUCCAAGUCGAGAAUUUCUAUUUCCCCGUGGACUUCAUUGUUCUUGAUACUGAACCUGUGGCUAAUCCCACAAAGAUGAUCCCUAUCAGGUUUGGGAAUCUAAAAGUAAAAUUAAACAUAUUUCAUACCUUCCAACAACCACCGGAUAAAGCUGAGUGCUUCUUUCUAGACUCCAUAGAGAACUUGGUUCCAGAGCCCCCUCCUUGCAUUCUUACUAAAGAUCCCUUUGAGGCUGGUAUGGCGCACAUCAAGGUGGAUAAUUGCAAUACAGGGCAAUCCAUAGGCCAAGCAAAUUACAAGCUUCCCACUACUGCCAAACUCGAAGUUCCUCCAUUAGCCAUAUCCAAAAUGUCUUGA